AUGCGCUGGUACCGAAGCCGGCGUGGGCGAAGGAGACUCUUCCGUGAACGCAGGCGUCGAGACCUAUUCUUCGCAAUGCUGCUCUGCCUCCUCUCUCUUCUACUCGGCGACCCAUUGGUGACGGCGUCGUUCACAGCUGGGCAAAGAUUGACGGAGAAAGCCAUCGAGAUGAGUACUGGAGCGGGAAAGGCAGUAGGACUGACUGCUCUACAUGCAUCAUCUAAAGAAAUCUCUGUCUGGAUAAACAGAAUUAAUCCUGGAAAAGCUGAUGUCUCUGCAAAUAAUAGUGAUGGUGAAAAUCGAUUGCUAAAAUCUCAAGAAGAUACUAGUUCAGGCAGUAAAGCAAAUGAGGUUUCUCUCCUUCAAAAGAAAAGAAGAAAGAAUUGGAAUCGGUUGAAGGAAAAGAAGAUGGCUCAGAUUUUGCUCCAUGGAACCCUCCAUGCAACUAUUUGUGAGAUUGAUAAGCUACAUAUUGGAUUUUUUCAUAAGGUGUUGGAUGGCAUCGAGGGAGUCGUGGGUUUGAAGAAAAAUGCUGCAGAAUUAUAUGCAACAGUUGAUUUAGAAAAAGCUCGUGUUGGUCGAACAAGAUUGCUAGAACAUGACUCAAACCCACGCUGGUUCGAGCAAUUUCACAUUUACUGCGCUCACAUGGCUUCACAAGUUGUGUUCACUGUAAAAAUUGCCAAUCCAAUUGGGGCAGAACUAAUUGGAAGAGCCUACAUGCCUGCUAAAAAUCUACUUCCUGGUGAAGAAAUCGAUACAUGGCUCGAUAUCCUUAAUGACCAACAUAAACGUAUUCAAGGACAUUCCAAAAUUCAUAUUAAGUUGCAAUUCUUUGAGGUUUUUAGAGAAUGUUGUUGGGGUCGAGGUGUUAAAAGUCCGAAAUAUCCCGGUGUUCCUUUCACAUUCUUUGCUCAAAGAAAUGGAUGCAGAGUUACUCUUUAUCAGGAUGCACAUGUACCGGAUCAUUUCGUACCGAAGAUACCUCUCGCGGGUGGGAAGUUUUACGAGCCACACCGGUGUUGGGAAGACAUUUUCGAUGCGAUCUCUAACGCGAAACAUUUGAUUUACAUAACGGGUUGGUCUGUUUAUACAGAAAUAACCUUGGUGAGGGAUACAAGGAGGCCUAAACCAGGAGGGGAUAUUACUCUUGGAGAACUACUUAAGAAAAAGGCAAAUGAAGGUGUUCGGGUUUUGCUUCUUGUUUGGGACGAUAGGACUUCGGUAAAGCUACUUAAGAAGGACGGAUUAAUGGCUACACACGAUGAAGAGACGGGAAAUUUCUUUCGAGGAACUGAAGUUCAUUGCGUGUUAUGUCCACGCAAUCCAGACGAUGGACGGAGCAUAAUUCAGGACAUAGAAAUCGGCACCAUGUUUACGCAUCACCAAAAAAUUGUUGUGGUGGAUAGUGAAAUGCCUAAUGGGAAUCCAGAAAGGAGGAGGAUUGUGAGUUUUGUAGGGGGAAUUGAUCUUUGUGAUGGGAGAUAUGAUACACAAUUUCAUUCCCUUUUUAGGACUUUGGACACAGCCCAUCAUGAUGAUUUUCAUCAGGCUAAUUUUUCGGGUGCCACUAUUAAGAAAGGCGGUCCGAGGGAGCCCUGGCACGACAUUCACUGUCGAUUGGAAGGGCCUGUUGCUUGGGACGUGUUGUUCAAUUUCGAGCAGAGAUGGAGGAAACAAGGCGGGAAGGACUUGCUUUUGGAAUUACACGAACUUCAAAAGAUUUUAAUUCCGCCUUCUCCGGUUAUGUAUCCUGACGACCACGAGACGUGGAAUGUUCAGUUAUUUCGAUCCAUUGAUGGUGGAGCAGCGUUUGGCUUCCCGGAAGAACCCGAGAAUGCAGCACGAGCCGGCCUAGUAAGCGGGAAGGAUAACAUCAUCGACAGAAGCAUUCAAGAUGCUUAUAUCUAUGCCAUUCGCCGAGCAAAGAAUUUCAUCUACAUCGAAAAUCAGUAUUUUCUGGGAAGCUCAUUCUCAUGGUAUUCGACUGAUAUCAAAGACGAAGAUGUUGGUGCAUUGCACCUAAUUCCAAAGGAACUGUCUUUAAAGAUUGUGAGUAAAAUUGAAGCUGGAGAGAGAUUUACAGUGUACGUUGUGCUUCCAAUGUGGCCAGAGGGAUACCCAGAGACUGCAUCAGUGCAGGCUAUUUUGUGUUGGCAAAAGAAGACUAUGGAAAUGAUGGAAGUAAAAAAGCCUGGAGAAUAUGAACCUUCAGAAAAGCCAGAUGCUGAUACAGAUUAUAGUAGAGCUCAAGAAAAUAGGAGAGGAAUGAUCUAUGUUCAUGCCAAGAUGAUGAUCGUGGACGAUGAAUACAUAAUCAUAGGAUCCGCAAAUAUAAAUCAGAGGUCAAUGGAUGGAGCUAGAGAUUCAGAAAUUGCCAUGGGAGCCUUUCAACCAUAUCAUCUGUCUAAAAGGCAGCCAGCAAGGGGGCAAAUUCAUGGCUUCAGAAUGGCACUUUGGUAUGAACAUUUAGGCAUGCUUGAUAACACUUUCUGUCAUCCACAGAAUUUGGAAUGCAUCACAAAGGUAAAUAAAAUAGCUGAAAAUAAUUGGGAUCUUUUUACGCGUGAAACGUUGGAACGAGACAUGCCUGGCCAUCUGAUGACUUAUCCCAUCGGAGUAGACUCCGAAGGAAAGGUGAACGAGCUGCCAGGGAUGGAGCACUUCCCGGACACCAAGGCUCCAAUUCUUGGCACUUUUGUGGGGUAUUAUCCUUCGAUUCUCACCACUUAA